CACACACAAAGCGAGGAAAUGAAAGGGUUUUCAGCAACAGAAACUGAAACUGAUGAUAAGAGAUGGCAUCCGCUGGAAACGUUUCGGUUUGGUUAUGUAAACAACGGAGGUAUAAAUAAUCCGCAAAAAGUGGGGAAAACAAGAGUGUUAAUCAACGUAGGCUGUUUCCUAGAAAACGCCCAGAGAACUAUUCCCACAGCUCGACUAAACCAGACUAAAUCGAAAGCUAAGAGAAAACUGCGGGUUGUGCUGGAAACUGCAGGAAAAAUAGGACCUCAGUGUCACUACAUAAAGGCCUAGAGAGUCAAGAACUACCGGCACACCAUUUACCUCGCAGAAACAGGCAUCAUCAACAGAAAAGGAUCAUGGAAAAGCUGUGGAUGCAAAAGGAUCAGCAGAAGAAGCGGAGGCUGAAGCUGAAUGAGGAGGACCAGCAGGAGUACUUGGAGGAACUGCGGUCGCAGGAGGAGCAGCAUCAGGAGUUGCAAAAGGAUUUGCAGGAUGAGAUGCGGUUGCUGAAUGAGGCUGCAGAGAUUCAGGAGGAGGAGCGCAGGCUGGAGUUUCAGGAGUUUCUGAGGUCGCAGGAGGAGCAGGAGCGGGAGUUUUGGCAGGAUGUGGCGGAUGAGAUGCGGUUGCAGAGUGAGGCUGUGGAGGAGGGGGAGGAAGAGAGCAGGCUGGAGUUUCAGGAGUUUCUGAGGUGGCAGAAGGAGCAGGAGUUGCAGGAGAAUUUGCAGGAUGAGAUACGGUCUCUGAAUGAGGCUGCGGAGGAGCAGAAGGAAGAGCGCAGGCUGGAGUUACAGGAAUUUCUGAGGUCACAGGAAGAGCAGGAGCAGGAGUUUUGGCAGGAUGUGGCGGAUGAAAUACGGUUGCAGAGUGAGGCUGUGGAGGAGGAGGAGGAGGAAGAGGGCAGGCUGGAGUUUCAGGAGUUUCUGAGGUGGUAGAAGGAGCAGGAUCAGGAGUUGCAGAAGGAUUAGCAGGAUAAAAUAAGGUUGCUGUAUGAGGCUGUGGAGGAGAAGGGUGAGGAGCGCAGGCUGGAGUUUUAGGAGUUUCUGAGGUCGCAGGAGUAGGAGUUUUAACAGGAUGUGCAGAAUGAGAUGCGGUUGGAGAUUUAGCAGCAGGAACUUUGAUAAGAGAUACAGGAUGAGUAGCAGCAGUUAAAAAAAGCAAGAUGUCCUCGCUUCAGUCUGUAGCAUAAUUAUGUACUGGAUCAGAUCCAAUUCGUAGUGGACAUUGUAACGCAAACUAUGGUAAUACCCAUGCUACUAAGAUAGUUGGGUUUAGGGUUAGGGUAGGAGUGGAGGUUAAUAACUGUAAGGGUAGGGCUUAAGUGUAGACUUUAAUAACGUGUAAAUAAGUAAUGUGAGGGUUGGGUUAAGGUUGGGGGAGGUGUAGACCAGGGGUGCCCAAACUCUGUCCCAUAGAAGAAGAUCCAGGACAUGGCUUGGAGACCUCUGGUAUAGAUGUUAAUAACUGAGGGUUGGGGUAGGUGUAGACUUUAAUAACUGUAAGGGUUGGGGUUGGUGUAGACUUUAAUAACGGAGAGUUUGGUUUGGGGGUAGUUGUAGAAGUUAAUAACACAUAGUGUAAUAGGUAAGUUCAUAAUUAAUUAAAACAAUUAUUGUUUCUAGGAACAAAUUCUCGCACACACCUCCACUUUAUAUCGGACCUGAUCAUUGAGCUGCAGGCACUAGUCAAUGCUACAGCCUACCCAGUGUUGUGCUCUCUGUAACCUUCAUGUGUAGUCCAUAAAUCAGACUAGAGCCUCCACUAUAAGUUGAGCAUGAAGCCUGAAAUGGAGUCUGUUUGCUGAAUGGCGUGCAUCUUUCCAAGACCCCCAAAAAAGAGCGGAGGGCAGUAUUUUGAUGUCUAUUUUCACAUAAUAAACCUGAACAUGUUAUACGCACGAACAAAUCUGUAAACAAAAGCAGCGUUCAGUCCCAUUCACAGUACUUGUCAUUUCUGAAACAGUCAUAUUGUUAGCAAGCAUCUGAGACAGGCAACUAAAGACGGCAGGCUUCUUUGCGAUCCUACUUGUUUACUUGGAUUUGUCCCUUGAGUUUUUCAUUUCGAAAUCUGAUUCGUUGCUGAACAACCAAAGCACACUUUUUCGCUAACACCAAUUCUGCAUGCUGAUUUGGCCAAACUUACCCCAACAACCAAUGAAAGGUGACUUGUGGAUCUUACUAAACAAACUAGCCAAAUCAGUGCUUACCGAUGGCUCAAUGCUUUGUCCUGGCCUUUAAUUUGCCAAAAAAAGUCAAGAUGUCCUUGUUGCAGCCUGUAACCACAAUGACAUACUGGACCAGGUUCACAGAUAUUUUGUGUAAAAAAUAAAAUAAUCAUUCCAUGUUGCACACCCUAAUAUCUACUAUACAAAAAUAGUGUCUUGUUAUUAUUCAAUAUUAAUUUGUUGUUAUGGGUUUUGUCAUGUUUGUCUUUUAAGUGUUAAUGCAUCAACUAAUGUCUACCCAUGAGACAUUUUUAAAGUGUUACCCAUUUCAAUUUAGAACUCUUUUUACAAUUUAAUUAGUUUUAAAAGUUUGUUUUCUCUGAACAUUUAUGUUUAAUAUUAAUACACAGAAAUGCAAUGUUGAGGUUGUUAAUAUUCCUGUUAAAGUAAUUCUGUUUUUGCACGUUUUUGUAUCAUGAUUACGGCAUGCCUGAUAUUAGAAUUUUUAAUUACAUUGCAGUAUUUUGAUUUGCUGCCAUUUAUAUUGGGUUUUUUCUGUCUUUUUCCACUUGGCAGCAGUAAUAACGACUGGAAACAUUGUUUAAAACGAAAUGAACUGAAUGAAUGAAAUGAUUCCUGGAGGGCCGCAGCUCUGCAGAGCUUUGCUCCAACCCUAAUAAAACACAACU